UUAUUUUAUCCCACCAUGUAUAUGACCACGAAGAUAAAAAUAGUCUGUACAGGGUUAUCACACUUGUAGUUAAAAAUCUCCCCAGACUGUAAACUGCGCAAAUUGAGGUUAUUUGUCACAAGAGGGUGAACUUCUUUCAUGUAUCGAUUCAGAAGGCUCUUUACUACCAGUGUAAUGUUUAUCUAUCGACCGCUUCUAGUUUCGUGGUUAUAUACACGGUGAACAUAAAUAAUAUGAAUGGAUAUGAACAACGGAAAGAACCAAGCGAUAACGUGACGAGGAAUGCAGGAGGCCAGCGUAGUGCAGCGAAGCAAACACAAAGAGCAGCGGAGGGGAAAUGCAUUUAGAACAAAGGCGACCUCUAUCGUGGUAACGGCUACGUAUCGAACUAUGUAGUGCAUUGCCGUUGAAAAUGGCGUCAGGCUCGGAGCUGCCAGAAUAUUCGUCGCCAGAAAAACGACGAAAAGUCGAUGGCAUCGGUUACGUCGGUGCCAGCAGUGCAAAACCUGAUUUCCAAGGUUACGAGACAUCGCAUACUACUCCAAAUGAAGAUAUAGAAGAAACAUACGGAGGAGAUAGUGGAUUCAACGAAUUAAGCGAUGAAUCUAAAUCGAUUUCUAUUUCUCCAGAUGUUACAAACUUGAUAACUCCAUCCCAAAUUGAUUCGACUAGCGAUGAUACGGGUUGUCAAAUCGACACGGCGGACGAAAAGGAUGAAGUAUCGUCGACAGUUUCAAAUUUAUCUGAAUUGUCGGGCUUGUCUGAUUUUUCCGGUGAAGGAGACAUCGCUCAUCAAUGGAAAAAUGCAUCUUCGUGGGUUCAAAAGCAAAUGUUAACCGGUGCUGAUCCCCGAGAUCUUUUACAUCAUCUUCUGAUGGAUUCUACUCAAAUUCCAGAGCAGGUCGAUGACCUGACUCUCUGGAAGAUUAUAAUAAACGUAAUGUCCGAACCACCGCGCAGACAAAAGUUAAGACACGUAAAUACUUUAGCGGACGUGGUUAGGCUAAUAUGUCACAGUAACAAAAUCAUUGUCUUAACUGGAGCAGGUGUAAGUGUUAGUUGCGGUAUUCCUGAUUUUAGAAGCAGAGAUGGUAUUUAUUCCAGAUUAGCGCAAGAUUUUCCAGAUUUGCCAGAUCCACAGGCUAUGUUCGAUAUUAACUACUUCGGACAAGAUCCGAGACCAUUUUAUAAAUUCGCACGAGAAAUUUAUCCUGGACAAUUUAAACCUAGUCCUUGUCACAGGUUUAUAAAAAUGCUUGAUAAGCAAAAGAAACUUUUACGAAAUUACUCUCAAAAUAUUGAUACACUGGAGCAAGUAGCUGGAAUUGAAAAUGUGAUUGAAUGUCAUGGCUCCUUCGCGACUGCGUCGUGUACCAGAUGUAAAUAUCAAGUAAGAGCGGACGACAUUAGGGAAGAUAUUUUUGCUCAGAGAAUACCUUUCUGUCCCAAAUGCAAAGUUAACGUUUUGCCCCCAAUAUCAGAGAUUAAUUGUAAUGAAAGUUAUAAAGAUUUAGUAACACAAGGCAUAAUGAAACCAGACAUUGUUUUCUUUGGCGAAGGACUUCCUGAUGCUUUUCACGAUGCGAUGGCCAAAGACAAAGACGAUUGUGAUCUUUUGAUUGUAAUAGGAUCAUCGCUGAAGGUUCGCCCAGUAGCGUUAAUUCCUUCCUCUAUUCCAUCUCACGUUCCACAAAUUCUGAUCAAUCGUGAAUCAUUGCCACAUCUAAAGUUCGACGUCGAAUUGUUAGGAGACGGUGACGUUAUUAUAAAUCAGUUGUGUCACUUAAUGGAGGAUUGUUACAAGGAAGUUUGUUGGAAUGAUACAGUUCUUAAGGAAGCAACACAACUUUUACCGGCAUCUUACUUAUCAGACGAUGCUUGGGAACAAAGUCAAGACACAACGUCAAAUACCGUAUUGUCACGAGACAGUAUGGAGACAGAUUUUAAACCACACGACUUACGCUCCAUUGAAAGUAGUUAUAAUCAUAUGACACACGACAGCGUUGUACAGCGCGCAGAGAGCUCGCAUGUUUCGCCAUUUUAUAAUAGCCAUGCAAAUAAUACGGAGGAGAAAUUUAGUCCGUUAGCGGACAGUCCGAAAAGAAGAUUAGGCGAAUCAAGUGCGGAAAGUAGUCCAAAAAGAAUGAAUUUCGGUAGUAGUUCCGUAUUAAAUUUUAGCUCAUCUUCGUCGGUGUCAGAAAUUCCUAAUAGUUCAAUGGAUUAUAAACUUCGCGUCGUCUCGGUAGAAUCCGUGUCGAGAGAUAAUGGGAAAAUUUACAAUUUAGAAGAAUGUCAAGUAUUUCCAAGAGUUAUAGAAACUUGUUCGGAAAAUAUGGCGUUCGAUUCUAAGUUAAAAUCCGAUAACUGUAUAGAAGAUAACGUGUCCUUGAGCACGAAUGAAGACCGUAUAGCAGUGAACACGAUCGAAGUUGAAAAAAUUAAUUUUAAACCAAGACAGGCGUCAAUCGAUUCUGCUUUGGAUUCUGGAAUAGGUGACAGCUGUAACAGUGUUGAUAGUCGCGAUGGAAAAACUGACAAGGAAGACUUGAGUAAUGGAAGAUUAAGUCGGAAUUAUUGGCAACCUAAAGUUCAAAAGAGUCUUGCUGUAAGAUUGCCAGAAAAUUCGUACUAUCAGUUAGCACCUGGAAAAUAUAUAUUUCCUGGAGCAGAGGUAUAUUUGGACCCUGAAGAUUACGAUCAUUGUUCUUUUUCCAUGAAUUCAGAAAGUUCUGAUAGUGACAGUGAUUCUUCAUCUAUGGAGGAAGAAGAGGAAGAGGAAGAGGAGGACGAGGAUAAUGAUGAUGAUGAUGGCGUGGGGGAAGAAGAGGAAGAAGCGGACGAUGAUGACGACAGUGGUGGCGAAGGCGACGGUCAGGACGAUGCUGAUAACAGAGCGAAGAUAAACGAGGAACGGAAUGCGGUAAAUGAAAGAGAAGCGAAGAAAGAUAUAGUGGAAAAACUAGAAGAGAAACAGGAAGAAAUAGAAGAGAGGAAAAAAGAACGAAGAGGAACAAAGAAUGAAAAUAAAGUGCAAAAGGCGAGUAAGUUUCAAAAGCGGAAACGCUUUUUAGAAAAAUUACAAAAUCCGACAUGAUCGGUGAGUGAAAAUCAAUUCGGACCAGGGUGACAAAUAUCCAGUAAAUAUGUAUAAACAUCGAAGUAAAUGGCAAUUAUAAAGGUGCAAAAUCGAAAAGAACAAAUCAGAGUAGUGAACAUGAUCAAGGAUAAAUAGCAUUUAAUGAGUGACAAUCUGAAUCUUGUUACUCUUGUUGAACUUGGACGUUCAAUAGGAGGAAGGACAAAUGGUCGAAAAAGAGUGCAAUUUUCACUAAUGUACAUUACAUGUGUGUUUGCGUACACGCAAAAAGGUAUGGGCUCUGAAAAAACGAAUUCAGUUAUAUCUUUAUAAAAUUUGUUAACGAAGCAGUAGAGAAAACGGUAAAGCGGUGAUCAAAUAUUUUGAUCUUUUCCCUUUUCUGACAUAAUAUUAAAGAAAAAUUCAAAACCAGAAAAAUUAAAACAAUCCAUGACUACUUGUUCACAAUAAGUAAAAGUCGAUUCGAUAGUGACUUGUAAAUAUUCAGAAGAAAUAGAUUAGGCUAUCGUUGAGAGUAUCGUGCAAUCGUAGAAGAAUAAAGGAUCAAAUGCGUUGCGUCGUAUUCGAAGAAGAAAAGUAGUCGGUUAAUUAAUAGAUCGCGUAACGGAAGGAUAGGCAAAAUUUCGCGCACUGCAGCGAAAUAAAAUUCCAAAGUCGUAAGAAAUAAAUUUCCUUCGAUUAGAAUCUUCGUAUACGCGUACACGCUUAACGUUAAUUUUUGUAAAACGUAUUUAUUAUAAUACCGAGUCGUCCUAAGAGAAAGUACACUGUAAAUGAUAAAUAUAAAACUUUUUUUAAAUACGAAAAGAUAUAUUUGGAGGUAGGAUGUAUAUGUAUAUUCGGUUUAAUGCAAACACUAUUUUUACUUACCUCUGUCAUUUUCAUAAUUUUCGUUAAUAUUACGUAUCGCACCGUUACAUCUACUGCUACGUAAUUAGCUAUAUCAUUAAUAAUUAUUUAUGUUUUGUAAAUUAUUAUGUAAGUUAAAGUUCUAAAGAGUGUCCAAUUGAAAAUGUUGCGUUUUUUAAGUACAGCAGUUUUUAAUAUCGUGCAGAGAAGCGCGAAGAAAAAGUAUUAACUCUGUCAUAAGACUCGUUAAAAGUAUGUUAAAGCGUUCGAGGCAAAAUCGAACGAACGAAUAUUUGCAUAUAUAAUACGUAUGUUGUAUCGUAUCGUAUCGUAUUCUAUUGUAUCGUAUAGUAUCGUAUCGUAUCAUAUAGCAUCGUAUCGUAUAGCAUAGUUUAGAACAGUAUAGUAUAGAAUCGUAUCGUAUCGUACUGUAUCGUAUAAUCGCAUUUCGAAAAUGUUAAAGGGUGCUCCGUAUACCUUUUGUGCGCGUGCAUGAUCGAAUGUGUGCAAGAUUUGUGUGGGGUAACGUAACGACGACAAGGAAGACAAGGACAGUGUUAGAUAUAGUUUGAAGUUUUAGGAAUAGCUUUCGAUAGGAGAAUGGAAAAUUAGUCGCAAUGAUUUCGCACUAAAUGUUUUUAGAUUCGUUAGGUUUCAAUUUAUUUUCAUUGGAGCACGGGCGAAUGUACAAAGCAAUGUUGGAUAGCUUGGCAUUGCGUGUUAUUUUUAUAUGAACGAGAAAAGAUAGAGUAGUAAACGUACAGGAUUAAACGACGAAGAAAGAAAAAUACGGUCGGUGUCUCGCGAUGAUCUUGGAGAAACGACUAGCAAAAGCGAAUCGCCGUUAUUGGGCGAGGAGAUGAUCCUCUCUCAAGGUUCAUCAUUGCAAAUAUUUCUAAAGAACGAAACGGUUGUGCGAAGAUCUAUUAUAAUUAUUAGAAAGACGAUCGAUCACUAAACUCGAUACAUAAAGUAUGAAACGCGUACGUUACAUGUGCAUAGCGUAUAGACGCACGAACCACUCGUACGUACAUAUACGGAUACGUAUGUAUAUAUAUAUAUACAUAAACAUAUAUAUAUAUAUUCUCGCGAAGUAAAUGAGAUUAUUAAACCACCAAAAAUAACUCAAGAUUCGUUGAAUAUACUUGUAACAGGUGGCAUGAAGCUUUAUUUUCUCUAUUAGUAGGUUGCGUAAAAAAGUUGGAGAAGCAAUUUGAAAGUUAAGCUCCGUUGAAAUAUCCCGAGGGAUUAGACAGAAACGAAUAGGAGAAACUCGUUUAAGGACUCAAACAAGUCAGAAAAGUACAGUCAGUUUUUAUAACGUUUAAAAGAUUUAUCUUCCGCUAUGUACAAAUAGCUUUAUUUAUCAUUGUUUCGCGAGAGGCACGAAUCACGUACUAACGUUUAAAGCCUCUACUUUGUCUAUUUAUUUGAGAUCUACAUUACUAAAUAAAUAGAUAGAUAGAUACGUUAAAUAGGUAGAUAGGUAGAUAAGUAAGUAGGUAGGUAAAUAGAUAGAUAGACAAACAGACGGACGGACCUGCGGACAGAUAGACGUACGAGUAAGAAGGUAAUAAGAUGCGCGUAUUAUAGAGAAAUCAGUGUCGUACGUUACACGCGUAUACGCAUACGCGUACUCGGAAUAUGUUGUGUAGAGUAGCAACGGUAUGCGUAUACGAGUGCGAAUAUACGCGUAAAACGUUGGUUUUAAUCAGUGCUCUAAAGAUUUUUCACGCUACAUUUUCGAAACUUUACCUUUCUCUCUGCUAAUCGACUACAGGCGUCAGCAAAUUACGUUACGUUCCCGUCCGAUAAAUGGAUAUCUACGUGCGCGUACCGAUCUAUUCAUUCUACUCGAUCGAUCAUCGAUUCCAGUACUCUAUUUUACUUAAGCAUUUACUUAUUUAAUCCAACUACUUAAAGAGGCAAGAGCGAUUCAACCGUCGCUGUCGUAUAACCUUCGAUCGCUGUAGGCGUUACGCGUCACGCCGUCGCGGUCGAUUCCAGAGGGAAACGUUAACUUGCAAAGUUUGACAAUCAUGCUACUCCUUUUUUUCCACGUACUGACUUUUUGUAUAAACGUGUCACGUGUAAAUAUUUAUUAUUAUUUUUAUGAUAUAACGAGUCGUAGAGUCUCGAUCGUUUCGGCUGAACGAUGAAAAAUUCAAUCGAGUAUUUCUAUUCUUCGUUCUUCCGAGAUUAACACAUACAUGUACGUAUAUAUAUUUGUAUUAUUUACGCGGUAUCAUCGUCUCAAACACGUUACGGUUUUCUCCAAAAUUUUUCAUCGUUUAGCCAGCACGAACAAACGAGAUACUAAAACUCUAAAAUUUUUUUUUAUAAUUUGUUAUUUAAUAUAAUGAAUGUUAUGAAAAUGUUCUCUAUUUCAGACGUUAUAAGUUUUGUUUCCGUGGUAUUAUUAAUGUAUAAGCUUAUCUUCUAAAUUAAACAUUUUUCUAUGAUA